AUGAAUUUUGUAGACCCAUGGGACCCGACGUACACCAUUAGUGAAAACACUCCGCCUGCGAACGUAGCAGCUCAAGAGGACGCCAUUGAUGCCGUCGCCGUUCCGCUAGAGUUCGAAGACAACUUCAUCCCCGAGCAACCGCAGCUAAACCCGCGGGAACCGCAAGAUAAUCGUCUUCCGGACUCGGACAGCUACAUUCGCACGCUAGAAAGGCGAUUGCAUCGUUUGAAGAAUAAUCUCAGCAUCCUCCAGCAGUUGACAGAGCGUCGUAACGCCUGUAUGCAAUCGUUGCUUAACGGGGACAUAACACUGCACACGGAAGCUGUGGACGAGCUGCAAAACACACUGGUUAACGGCAACGAGCUGCUUCGAUUCUACCGUCCAGAUCAGGCCCUUACGCAGAUCGAAAUCGAACAACUCCUAGAGCACGAUCAUUUGCAGCUGCAGGCGGAGGAGAACGAAGAGUAA